AUGGCUACUUUAUCUGCCCCGUCAACUCCCAAAGCUGCUGCGGCCGCACGUCCUUCUUCGGAGGGGUCUGGUGUUCCCGGUAAAUGGCGGCACCCCCAGCUCAAUGAGAUUGUCAGGCGUCAGAAUGCCGCGACCUUUGGCGACAAGGAUGUCAAGAGGCUGCUUUGGAAUGGAGUUGCUUUGGUGACAACUUGGCUUUUUGGAAACACUAUCAAAACCUAUGCACGCCUCAUUCUUGACAGCAAGCCCACAUACCACGAGAUUUCUCUUCUACUGCUCCAGCUGUUCUUCGCCUUCAAUAUUUUCCUGGCUCUCUGCCCCCUAUAUCGACCGAAGGAUGACUUCUCCGAUAUACCCCUUACCCCCACCCAACGUGCUUUGUUGGGCAUGGACCCUACUGCUACACCACCUGCAACCCCUGGAACCACGUACCUCACCCCACCGAGAUACCGAAUGUCCACCUCGCGUAAGGCCAGCCCUUCAAGCCGACAGACGUCUCCUAUGAAUGCGACCCCAACUUUCUCCGAACGACGGGUCUCCUGGGGUCCUCUUUUUCCCCCACCUCCAGCCCUUUGCUUCACAAGGCGGUCGCAAAUGGAGGCAGGGACACAACUGGUCGGCGACAGAGCUUUGGGUCCUCUUCACCUCUUGGUCGGAGCAAUUCGUUUGGAGAGUCUACGAUGUCUAGUAUGUCCAGCAUUGGACCCGGCACUCCUUCCCCGCUAG